AUGUUUCGCUUAUUGCUUUGCUAUUUUUCGAUUUUAAAUAUUCUUGAUGCUCGUGAAUCACUUCUAAACGAAAUCUUGCCAUUAUCUGAAGCCCUUCGACCGCCGCAUUAUAUAGGACCCGUGUUAAAAAAUGCUACCGGUUUUAACGCAAUUCUCAUCUCAAAAACGAUGUCACAAACAACGCUUCUAACACUUUGCGAUUUGCUUAGACAACAAAGAGGACUUCCACAGAAGAAUCUUGAAGUUGGAAAAGAUAAAAACCUUUGUAUGAAGCAAAUUGGUAUCAUCAAGUCCCCAUCAAAAAAUCUCAAAUGGAUAAUCAACGGAAAUAGUCCAGCGUUGAUCGUCGUUCGAGGAUCCGAU